CUGGGGAGACUGAAAGCAAGAUUGAAAACAUCUGGAAAUAUUUCCUGUAACCUAUCUGGCAGCAAGCUUACUGCCUCACUGCACGCGCAUCAAAAGUCUGAAAAAGAAGCGAAAAAAGUGCAGAUUGUUUUGAGCUCAGAUCUGGUCGAGGGACUGUAUGCAGAAAAUAGAGAAGAAGUCAUUUUCACUUCCUGACAGGCUACAAGAGGUUCAAAUCGGGGUGAGAGUCAUCAGCUUCCUUCAGCAUUUUGAGUGUUACCAUGGAAGAUCCUUGGUGUUGGCUCAAAACCUGACCAACUAGAAGCCAUAAAGACUUUUGCAAAAGUUAAUGAGAAAAUGGCGCUCUUGAGAAGAGUGAACCAGAUUCUGCUGUUGCUGCUCAUUGCAAUGGUCUGCCUCAUCUUCUACAACAAAGUUCACAACAAGGCAUUACGGAAAAAUGUAAAAGCAGGUUUUGCACCUGCCUUUGAAAAUACUACAGGGGAGGAAGAGGAGGAAGAGGAGGAGGAGGAGGAAGAGGUCCCUGUGGUCAUCUGUGCAGCUGAGGGUAGAAUUGGUGCCACCAUAGCUGCCAUCAAUAGCAUCUACAGCAACAGUGAUGGAAAUGUGCUCUUCUAUAUCGUAGCAAUGGCAAACUCUCUCCAGCAUGUCAGAAAGUGGAUUGAGAAUUCCAAACUGAAGAAAAUUAAAUUUAAAGUCAUUGAAUUCAAUCCGAUGGUACUGAGAGGCAAAGUGAGAUCUGACUCCUCAAGGCCUGAGCUCCUGCAGCCUCUGAACUUUGUCCGCUUCUAUCUCCCACUUCUCAUUCUGAAACACGAAAAGGUCAUCUACCUGGAUGAUGAUGUCAUUGUGCAAGGUGAUAUCCAGGACCUGUACGACACUAAGAUUCAGCCGGGCCAUGCUGCAGCCUUUGCGACAGACUGUGAUCUCCCUUCCACUCAUGAAAUGGUGAGAAGUAUUGGGAUGCAGACCACAUACAUGGGUUUCUUGGACUAUAGAAAACAAGCUGUGCGAGACCUUGGAAUCAGUCCCAACACCUGCUCUUUUAAUCCGGGGGUGUUUGUGGCCAAUAUAACCGAGUGGAAACGACAGAAGAUCACAAAGCAGCUGGAAAAAUGGAUGCUCAAGAAUGUCCAGGAUAACCUCUACAGUAGUGCAAUGGCAGGAGGUGUAGCCACACCUCCAAUGUUGCUUGUGUUCCAUCAGAAACACUCCACGAUUAAUCCAAUGUGGCACAUCCGACACCUGGGGUGGAGCCCCGAUGCCCGCUACUCCGAGAACUUCCUCCAGGAAGCUCAACUUCUUCACUGGAACGGCAGAUUCAAGCCUUGGGAUUACCCCUGUGCCCACCAGGAACUCUGGGAAAAAUGGUACAUCCCCGACCCAUCUGGAAGGUUCACGAUCAUGAGGCCUAAUAGCUGACCCUCCUGGCUGAAUGUGGAUGUGAAGGGAAGGAGAGGAGUAGCCGCUAUACCUUUGCAUUUUUGCUUUUUCUUUGUUAAUUUUUUACUUUACAGCAGAGCAGCAGGUAAACAGAAGAGCAGCUGAACUCUUCACGUGUAGACUGUGAACCUCAAAGCAGAUUAUUUGUACACACUUGCUGUAGAUCAAUGUUAGUUCUAUCCAAAAAUUAGGAUCAAGGCUGACUGGGAGCUGACUGUCAUUGGGGUCUGGCAUGGGAUGUGUGGACAUCACGUUUUAGGCUUGCGUGUACCCCAAAAAGCUCAAUGCAAUUUAAACUGCCUCGUCUGUGUGUAUGCAUAGGAAGUGUCUACACUGGGGAACUGCCAGUCAGAAAGCCUGCAGGUUCAGUUCCCACCAGGGAGCAAUGUGGUGACCCUCAGCUUAAAUGUAAAAGUAACUGGAUUUUAAGACACCGGAGCAACAGUCUCAUCUUAAAUACAAGCAUAUUUCAAAAUUAAAGGAUGGUAGUUUAAAUUAAGUUGAACAUAAAAGCAACCUCAACAUUCGAUGAACCGAAAAAUAAAAAUCCCCAAAUUUGAAACCACCUAUAAAAAUCAUACAAGAACCACUGUAUUCAACAUGGGUCAUAAAAGCCUAUAAAUAACUUAUUUUUCCAGGCCUUAUGAAAUUACUUAAAUGCAAUACAGAAUAUCGUACAAUUGUCAGAUUUAGAAUAUAAUAAAAUUCUCACCAGAAACUUGUUGAAAAGCAGUCCGUUGUUGCAGCCAAAUUUAUUACUUAACCAGGGAGUGAAGGAGUUGGAGGUGCAGGGUGUGUAUCGACAUUUGAUGAGCACAUGCUAUAAAAAAUGACCAGCAUCUCAUAAAUGAAAUAUACAAACAGCAAAAAAAAAAAAGUUAAUAGCAGAAUAAACAUGAGAAACAUCAAAGAAAGUGUGCUGUGUCCACCAGGGGUGUCCCAUGGAACUCUGGGCAAAAUAUAUGAGCAGUCGCUGUGGGCCCCUUCCUCUUGAUCCAUGUCUGUCACACAUUCUUUUCAUUCCAUGCUUUGAAGCCCCCCCAAGUGGACCCUGGGUAAUGUUUCCCCCCUAACUAUGAUGCCCAUGGUGUGCACUGGUGGUACAUCAUUCCAGCUCAAUUUCUGAAUGUGCCGCUUGAGCACAGGACCCGUGUGUGUGUGUGUGUGGACCUACACAAGGAAAAUGCCAGGCCAGACACACAGCUGUCUUAAGGAAUUCUAGUGUGGAGGAGCUGCCUUCCUGCCUUCCAUUCAGAAAUUAUCAUCACCUUUGGGAAGCCCUGCAUCACAACAUCCCGAGACAGCGACCCUCCAUUUGUGAAUGGCCACCAACAGCAACAGACAAUAACAGGAUGGCAUCCUCCAACUGCAGUCAGAGGCUUACUGACUCAGCAGCUGCAAAAUGCGGUCACACAAGAUGAACAGAGUAGAAGGCGACUGGAAUUGUCAAUAGAUUUGCCAACGUUUCCAUCAUUGUACUUUUUUGUUUUCCUAUUAUUCUCAUUUGUGUAUUUAAACAAUGAAGUUUGAAAUUUCAGCCCAA